AUGCCCCGCAACACCCACCGUUCUACUGCCUCGCAAGCUCGUAAAAGGACUCCAACUACCCUGCGCCUUCGUCUGUCCAAACCGCCUGUUCCGGAUGUUCCGGAUAAUGACGAGAAUCCAACUGAUGAUGAGAAGGAGGAUAAGGAGGAGGAGGAGGAGGAGGAGGAGGAGGAGGAGGAGGAGGAGACACAGUCAGAAGAUCCUCGAUUUCUGCGAACACCUACCCCUGAGCCUGAGAUCUCAUUCAGCUGUAUGAACGGUGAGAUAAUCAAUGUGAUGGUGAUGAAAUAUAUGAUGGAAGGAAUGGGAGGCAUGGGAGGACUGAAUUCAAACUUGUCAUCGAAUUCAAACUUGCCAUCAAAUUCAAACUUGCCAUCGAAUCCGAACCUGCCAUCGAAUCCGAACCUGCCAUCGAAUCCGAACCUGCCAUUGAAUCCGAACCUGCCAUCGAAUCCGAACCUGCCUCCUAUUCGAAGUAGUCCAAUCCCUCAGUUUGGUGAACACGCGGAUCUGUUUAUUGAUGAGUUCUUCAACUGGUUGAUGACAGAGAGACCUCGAAGAGCAGAAGCUCUUUUAACUGCAAAGAGCAUUAUUCAGAAUGAAGGAUUUGAACUGGAUCAUAUACGGACAAUGACAAAUGAGCAGGUGGUUCAGUUGAAUAUUGGAAUGGGUAUAUUCUCGAUAAUAAGAAAUGGGUUAAAGAGUUCUAUCUGGCAGUCACAGUUGAAGGAGAUUAAAUUGUCUUUAUCUGCUGAUUAUAAUCAGGAGAAUAUGGAGGGCCUUCUAAUGCGACAAGGGAAUCCUCUGCUUGACCAUCCAUAUCGUCGAUCUGCAAAGGCGUACGAUCUCAUUGGUGGUAAAUUCGCUGAGCUGGGGGGGCAUAUUGGCAGAUUUGAUGAUAAAGCCGAAUUCUCGCUGUCGAAGAAGCCCUCGUCUUAUCGAGCGCGACAAGCAGUAGCAAGGCCAUCGAACAGGCAAGAUACCCCGUCCUUCCAUUUACUUUCAGAAAAUGAUUUUCCUCAGCCCCUCAAGAGUACUGAGGCAUCACCGCGAGAGCGUUCACUCAAACGUAAAUGGCCCCAACACGACUAUUCGUCGGAUAUCCUGGAGCCGUUCCUAGAGCAACCACGAACAAACAACCCCUCCGUUGAAUACUGGGUGAAACACUCCCGGUGGCCUAAGGGACCCUCCAAGGCCAUGGAGCGCUUGUUUGCAAGACCAAAGUCUCUUCAUCGUACGAAAUCAAACACCAGUUUGAAGACGCGAAGCGAAUUGAAUUCACGAGGAACGAAAAGCAAUCCUUAUAGUGACAAAAACUGUGAGAAACUCCUGAACGCAAAGGGCAGCUUUAUGGGAAAUCAUGAAAAUGGUAUCUCCCGUUCCUGUAAGAUGGUCUGUAAAGAACUGCUUGAGAAUAAUAAUCGCGAGGCUCCCAAAGGCACAAAGUUCGACGACGAAGUGUUUGAGUCAACUUGUGAAAGGCUACAAAGGCAGAAUGAGACGGCCAUCCUUCGGAAAAUUGCUGAUCUCAUUGUCCCGUCAGCUGAAGAUGCGAUUGAUCUCGGUUGUGUUAAAUUCAAACAUCUUGUCGAAAGUGUGAAUUAA